AUGCCUGGGCAGGACAUGGCUGUAGGCCCAUCCACGGCUUCGCAGGAUGAGGCCACAGCUCUACAGCCAGAGGCCACACCCUCCACCGGCCCUGAGGCCACCUAUUCCAACGUGGGGCUAGCUGCCAUCCCCAGGACCGGGCUGGCAGUCACCUCUGGGGUGUGGGCAGGGGCACAGCUGACCAGCAGCUGUGCCAGGCCUGGUCCCGAGGCCAGACCCCUGGUGGCUGAGUAUGCGUGUGUCCAGAAGCUCAAGGGGACAGAUGGGGGCCCCCGAGGCCUGGAGCAGGGGAAAGUUGAGGCUACCCCAGCUGCUCAGGUGAACAUCCUAUAUUCCAGGGUCAGCAGGCCUAAAAGGAGGGACCCAGGACCUUCCACAGACCAGCCAGACCCCAAGGGUGGGGAAGCGAGUUUGGCUCUGGGGAGUGACCUGGCCUACGAGGUCCUCCCUCUCAGGGGCCUGGGCGUGGACAAGAGCCUCCUGGAAAACGUGUAUGCGAGCGUCCAGGAGAUGGAGGCCCCUGGGCACCUGGAACCCCCCAGCUCCAACCCCUACCAGGAGAGGACAUGUGGCCCUGCCGUGGAGUUCGCGCUGCCGCAGGAGCCGGAGCCGCGGGCCGCGGACCUCGGGGCCCCGGGGGCGGGGGCGGCGGGGCCACCGACGCCGUCGGCGCACAUCCCGAGAGAGAAACCCUCCCAGGUGCCUGACACCCCGGGCUGGCUGCGCAGGCGGGGGCGGGCCCUGGCCUUGCCCGCUGGGGCCCAGGGACCCACUUGUGCUUGGAGCCCAGGCUCCGCUGGCUGCUGCUGGCUGCUGGCUGCUCCCGCCCUCUCAGGUCUGGCGCUAGGCCCGCAGCUGCUGUUGCACAACCCUGGUUAA